AUGCAGAACCACGAUGAAUCCUUCCACGGAAUUCGAGUCAAGCGGCAGACGGCACGCUCAAAAGAAGAACAACUGAAUGUCAUCAUUGUAGGCGCAGGGCUGGGAGGUCUAGGAGCCGCCAUUGCUCUUCUCUUAGCAGGCCACAAGGUCCAUGUCCUCGAGUCUGCAAGCCAGAUCGCAGAGGUUGGCGCCGGAAUACAAGUUCUUCCCAACAGUGCUCGGGUCUUGAUUCAAUGGGGACUAGGACCUAGGCUCGCCAGCCUGGCUACAAUCCCAGAAGAGGUCGUAAUGCUAAGCUGGAGAAGCGACCGGAUUACAUCAAUGAACUUUGCCGAUGCCGCAGAGGAGUAUCAAGCUCCAUUCUGGGACUUCCACAGAGCGGACCUCCAUAGUGCCUUGCUCAAUCGAGCUGAAGAGUUGGGAAUGACAUUCCAGACCAGAUCCAGAGUAAUACAUGUCGAUGAUUCCGAUACAAGGCGUGCGACUGUGGUCCUGAGCGAUGGUCGAAGAAUGUCGGCCGAUCUAGUCAUUGGUGCAGAUGGCAUUCAUUCCAAGUGUCGCGAGGUACUGCUUGCUGGACCCAGUCCUCCCACACCGAGUUGUGACCUCGCUUAUAGGGUGCUCCUCGAUACUAAUGGAAUGCGAGAUGACCCAACCCUCGCCUCUUUCCUCGAAACCCAUCAAGUUCGCUAUUGGAUGGGACCAGGCGCUCAUGCCGUCAGCUACAAGCUUCGCCAAGGAGAGCUCCUCAACAUGGUUCUCCUAGUACCGGACGACAUCCCCGAAGGAGAGAUGACCGUCAAUGCCAGUGUCGAGGAGAUGCGUUCGCUAUUCGCCGGGUGGGAUCCACGCAUCUCCAAAGCUCUACAAUAUUGUAAAUCAGUGCAGAAAUGGCGGCUCUGCUACAGACCAGGAUUGACCCGGCGGUGGUACAACGCAAGUGGGAGCUUUGCUCUUCUUGGUGAUGCUGUACAUGCAACUCUUCCAUAUCUGGCGUCUGGAGCUGGAAUGUCUCUUGAAGACGGUGCUGUACUGGGUGAAUGCUUCGCUCGGAUAUCUGGAACCUCGGUGGCUGAUAAGACACUGGCGUUAUCAGUGUACGAAGACUGCAGGAGACAUCGAACAGAAAGCAUUGUUGAAAGAGGUAAUCUGCAGCAAUGGCUCUAUCAUCUGGAUGACGGCGAGGAGCAGCGGGCAAGAGAUGCCCGCUUCAAAGCGUUCGGCGAUGUGGAGGAGCUUCUGAAGAGUAAGGAUCGAUCCCUGGAAGAUGGUAAACUGCCCGGAGGUCUUGAGGAAGGGUCCGAUCCUCUAGCGUGGAGGCGUAAUGGCGUCGGAAAGUGGCUGAUCAACUACGACUGCCUGCUUGAUGUUGAAGCAAAGUGGUCAAAGCCAACAGAAGAGGUUUUUCGGCUUAGGCCAUCUCUUUGA